AAAUACAUAAUUAGCGGCCCAUUCAUAAGUCCAAUACCAUUUCACCUUUUGGCGCGCGGAACAACAAAACCUCAUCGCGCGGAACAACACAACCGGAACAACACAACCUCAUCGCAACGGUCGUUGGCGGAAGCGAACCGCCCCACAGUGUGGGGCGUUGAAAAGUACUUGAAGACGCAAUAG